GGAGGGCGAGGCGGCUUCGCACGCCCCCGCCCAAGCGCACGGCGCCUGAGGCUGCGUUUCCAGCCCGCUCCGCGAAGGCAGGCGGGGGGAGAUGCUCUUCGGGGGCGGCGGCUCCGACGCCGACCUACGAGGAGGGAGCGGAGACCCUCCCCGGGAGGAACCGGGGGGGGUCCCUGCCCCUCUCCGCCGCCCUACCCGGAGGUGGAGCGGAGUGUGUCUCGGGGGGAGGCAGCCGGUUGCAUCCCGGCUGGGGAGGGGGGCUGCUAUGGGCACCCCCUCAGCUGCCGCCCGUCUGCCCGCCCCAUCGGGGAUGUCCUGUCCUGGACCAGCUGCUCCGGUCUGCCCGCCCCCGGGGCCGCCCCGACCCCCGCUGCCCUGCACCGAGGGGCAACUGCCUGCCCGGCCCCGCCGCUUCAACACCGGCUCCCGACAGACCCAGGGAAAUUUGUCAACAAUUCGCAACCACUCUGUUAGAAACUGCUGUAUCACUUGGAAGUGGAUCCGCACUAUCAAAUCUCCAGGAGGCUGUGACAAAGGGAGCCUGCAGCUUGACACACGGGUAACAACAUAGCAAACACCUUUAAUUCUGUCA